AUCUAUCAACGAUGAUAUAAGUAACAGUUCUCCGAGAGAAAUCUAAUUUUUUCGAUUCGCUGCUCCUCGAAAGUUUGAACUCAGAAGCCGAGCCCUCUGAACUUCUUGUUUCUAAGUUUGGGUUYCUUAAACUUGAUACAUCGGCCAAACAAACCCGAUUUUCAUGUAAACAACGUCAGUUGAAGUCAAAAACAGCGAAGAAAACUAUGAUGUUUUUGAGCUGCAGUCCAGAGAAGUAUUAAAAUCCAAAGAUGAAUAUCCUCGGAGAAAAUGUAAUGAGGAAGAAGGCCAAUGAGAAUAUGCCACGGACGCCAACUCUUAAACGUCGUCUGGAAGUUCCUGCCGUCAGGCAGAGACAAAGAAGCUUAUCAAUGGACGAAAAGAUCUUACUAAACUGGGCUGUUAGUAGAAAUGAUAUUGAUACAGUCAAAGGAAUAGUGGAGUCUGCUAGAGUCGACAUCAAUGAGCGAGGAACAGACGGAUUCUAUCCUCUUCAUCGAGCAGCUACGACGGGAAGCAUGGAUUGUCUAAAAUUCCUAAUCGAAAAAGGAGCAGCGGUCGAAGUGUAUGAUAAAGAUGGACUAUCACCACUCGACGUAGCCGUCUAUGAAGGGGAGUACGAUUGUGCGUUGUUGUUGAUCGAAAAAGGAGCAAAUAUAAGUCAUAUUAAAUAUGGCUAUCUUGAAGAAUGCAAGAUGAGUCCCAAGACGCGAAAAGCCUUGAAAAAGAGGUUAAGUCAGUGUCUAAAAACGGACCGGUGAGCGAUGGAUUUUAUAUUUCGUCGUCAAGAACAUGGACUGACAUGACGAAGAUGGUCUUCUUAUUUCAGCAUUAAUAAAUUAGAAAGAAUUGAAACUUUUUAGGUAGAGUAAAUGCGGAGGAAAAAUUGUUAAGUUCAACCGAACCGUUUUCUAUUUGCGCUUAAUGUAGAGAUUAGAUUUCGUAUGAGUUGGCAAAAAGAAGCAAAUUUGGACCCCCAUCACUGAGUACGGUGUUUUUCAUCGCGAUUCUCCGAUUCUCCGGUUUUAAGUCGCCAACACGGGUUCAUAUAAUGACGGCGUUGGUCCAACGUUAAUACGAAUUGGCAUUAGCGGCUCAAAAUCGCAACUCAUGGUUUAGGAUUGGACAAAUCGAACGAAAAAAAAUUAUUAGACAGCCAUUAAAUGGGCAGCAAUGGGUGGGCAACAAUGGGAAGCCAUUUCGAUGUCAUGGCAUGCCUGUACCACGUACAGCUGUACGUGCUGUAAGUCAAUAUCUUAGAUUCGCUAGUUAUAAAAAAAAUCCCGAAAAUUAUACGAAAUCAAAAUGUAGUGUUAUAGAAUGUCGCAGUAAUUCCUGCAAAAGUGUAAACUAUAUAUCCGUUAAAURGUGCACCAAUGAAAAAAUUGAAAACAAAUGUAUGAAGUAGUAUUUAGUUUUUGUGCUAUUUUACGGAUGUAAAAUGGUUUGCACUCUGCACUCCAAAUAAGUUCAGUGCAAGCAAGAGUGAUGUAAUACAAGUCAUGRUCAAUGCUGUCAGACCUGUAUUUCUUGAAUCGCGACCGUCAAAACGAAAAUGACUUGCACUUAAAUCCAAGACAUCUUUUCAAGGAGGCCUGCCUGAUUAAGCCGUAAAACCGAAAGCAAUAAAAGAAUGGAAAAUGGGAAGGUCAUGAUAGCAAAAUUCAUAGUCAGCACCUGGAAAAAAAAGCCUGCGUAAAGCCGAACUAACUAACUGUUUAGACUAUACGAGAGAAAAGUCCGGCUACACGCAGGCUACUGGAAAAAAUGUCUAGUCAUUAAACUCUCCAACGUUUAGAACAAAAGUACAAUUCUUAGGAAAGGUUAAGUGUUACAGAAUUAAAUGUUUUAUCGUGACCGACCUUGUCUAAGACAAAGUGACUGUCUAAUUAAAGAUUAUAAAUGCCU